AUGAACGGCGACGGCAACAUCAGCCGGGAGAAGCUCAAUGAUUCACUAGAGAAUCUCGGGAUCUACGUGUCGGAAGAGAAGCUACAACGGAUGGUCGGGAAGAUUGAUGCCAACGGGAUGCCCAGAGGCUGUGACGCGCGGGAUGCCAAUGAUUGGGGGUCGAUCCAUGCGGAGCAGAGGGUGAGCAGAGUGUUCAUGGUGGAGAAGAUGGGGGUGGCGCUGCCACUAGAUGAUGGGGACGACGGGUUUGUGGCGGCUGUGGAGCAAGAAAAGAUGAAAAUUAGGAUGGAUUUAGGCAUAAAUUGGCUGAAGAGUUUCAGCGCAAAAAAGGCGACCCGAUGGUUUAUGGUGAAACUGGAGAAUCUGUCAUAG